AUGAAGGCAGAGGAGGACAACCGUGAUAAAACAGCUGCCUGUGAAGCCUUUAAAAGGGCAGAGGGGUUGGUCCUGAGACCAAAAGGCCUCUUGGAAGAGCUCAACAAGGAUGUGAUAGAGCAAAUAGAGGCAGAAGACAAAGUGGGUAGACACUGCUGCGCAGGUCAGCUUGCAGACAACCAAAGGCUAUUCCAAGGAGAGAGCCUGGAGCCAGAGAGAAUGGCCCCUGGGACCCAGACACCCUCAUCCCAGGAGUUGGUGACAUUCAAGGAUGUGGCUGUGGAAUUCACCAAGGAGGAGUGGCACCUCUUGGACCAUUCUCAGAAAGAGUUGUACAAGGAGGUCAUGCUGGAGAAUGCCCAGAACCUGCUCUCUGUGGGUGGACUGACCAAGUUUGAAGUGAAGGAGAUGGCUACAAAGGUGAACAUUUUUGUGGAAGAAUUUAGCCAACAUAGAUUUGAGAGUGAUGGUGCCUGUGACCUCACAAGAGAAAUCUGUGACUCUAAUUCCAAGUUGGAGAAAAAUCCUAAGACAGUCUAUGAGUUUGGUGAAAUUGGAAAGGGAUUCACACAGUCCUCAGUCCUAAAUCACAGUAAGAGAGUGACUUCAUGGAAUGAGUCUUUUCAGGACACUGAAGAUCAUGAAUGGUUUCCUAAACAAGUGGAGCCUUUUCAGUCUCAAGAGAAGUCACAUGAAAUGCAAAUAUGUCAAGGGAAUCAUCUGGAAAUGAAAGGAGGGUGUUGA